AUGGCCAAGUCGACCAUGCUCAUCAUGAUGGCCUGCCUGGCUCUGGCCGCAGCCCAGCACGACAACAGGAAGAUGCUGGGCUACUCGUCCGGCUCAGGCACGAGCGCCGAGGUUUAUGGUACGUCAACGGCUUCUACUGGUGGGAAUACGGCUACGUCUGUGUACCAUGGCGAGGCCAAGGGAGAUGAUGGCGCAUACGUCAAGGGAUCCUCGAGCGCUGCCACCGAUAAGUACAGCGCAGAGGCCAACCAUGAGGUCGAAGGCGCUGCCUUCGGCGGCUACCGCGGCGAUGCUUCCGUUGAUGUGUCUGGUGGCACCUGGGUGUACGUUCCCGCAUCUUACUGGAACCCCUCCCAGUUCGCCAAGACCUACAAUGGGGCCAAGGCGUCCACCAAGGACGGGGGAGUGGCUGCCGGCUCCUCGAAGAGUAGCAGCGAGGCCACCAAGUGGGAUGCCAAGACAUGGGGCAAGGCUGAGGCGAAGGCUUGGCCCGGUGGCAAACCCGCCCUCACCAUCGUGGGCAAUGUCACCCUCGACAUGGUGAACGGGAAGCCCAGCCUGGGCGGGGCCGUGGCCUAUGCCGCCGCCGUGGCCUCGGCCUUUGGGGUGCGGGCCUGCAUCGUCACCGCGGCCGGCCCCGGGAUGGACCUCAGUGCGCUCAGCGGCCACGACCUCCACAUCGUGCCUGCCAGCGAGACCCUCACCUUCGAGCACACGUACACCUACUGGGGCAACGCGCGGCGGCUGCGAGUCACUGCCCAGCCCAACGUGACCCUCACCAUAGCCCACGUUCCCCCCCGCUGCCGGCGCGCCCGCGUCAUGCUGCUGGGCCCGCUCAUGCCGGCCGACAUGGACCCCGCCAGCUUCCUCCCGGCUUCCUCCGGCGGCCGCGGGUCGCACGCACUCGCCCUCAUGGCUCAGGGCCUGCAGCGGUCGCUGGAUGCCGGGAAGAAGGUGGUGCCCCUGCACCAGCCCAGCGCGCAGCUCCUGGCAGCGCUGGGCCCCUCCACCACGGUCUACCUGUCGGACGUGGAGACGGACGCCUGGCCCCCUGGCACGAUCGAGGGGCUGGCGGCGCGGACGGCGCGCUUCCUGGUCACGCGCGGCGCGCUGGGCGCCGACGACCACGAGCGCGGCCGGCGCACGCGCCGCCCGCCCUUCCCCGUCGACGCGGUCGUGGACACCAACGGCGCGGGGGACUGCUUUGCCACGGGCCACGUGCUGGCGCGGGCGGCGCUGCGCCAUGCCGCGCCCGGCGCGGUGGCCAACUGGGCGGGCGGCGUGGCGGUGAGCCAGCCCCAGACCUGCAAGCCCGCCUGCAUCACCCAGGCCAUGCGCGCGGGGUGGGCCGUGGUGCCGCGCCUGGAGGAGAGCGGAGGCGAGGCGCGGCGGCUGCUGCCCGGCACGGAGCGCCUCGCGCAGCAGGCCACGCUCUGA